UUGCAUUGAAGCGAUGGCGAGCAAGUCUGGCAGCGGCCAUGUGCGCCUCGAGGAGUAUGCGUCCUCGGGAAUCACGGUAGAGUCUGAAGACGUAGGCAACACUCUCUCCCGUCUGAAAGUGCGUCCCACGCACUCAGCCAAAGGUGGCGAUGGCGAUCGCGGCCCCGCCCGUGUCGCGCAUAGCGCUAGCGCAUCGCACCGCCAGAAUGACCGCUACAUGGAGGCAUUUGACACGGCAUUCGAGGAGCUUGCGGCGGCGGAGGCUGCACGAACAGGCGCAAAGAGACAUGUUAUCGGAGAGGCGUCGCUCAAGCCAUCAAGCGAUGGCAAGAUGACGCAUAUUUCUGCCAAGAAGACGCCAUCAGCAACACUAGAACAGCUCACUGGUGCAUGGAUACAAGGUCCGUGCUCGCCAGAAGGCGAGGUACAUGCUGUCUCAGCACAACCGCUUAUGUGUAUGAGCAUGAGCGCCGACGAGAGCGAGGUGGUCGUGGGAAGCAGUGACCACGCCUUAUACGUUAUUCCAAUAAGCAACAGCUCUUCAUCCUCAGGUAGAUCAUCCCGAGGAGCCAGUACUAGUCGUCCACGAACUCUUUACACGAAGAAAUUCGGUCAUACCGAGUGGGUCACCUGCGUCACGCAUUUGCCAGAUCGUCGGAUAGUCAGCGGCGGCAUGGACAGUAAAUUGUGUUUAUGGGACGCGACAGGCGUCAAAUGCGAGGACUUGCUGGGUCAUAGUGGAUCCGUGUCGUGUGUAUUGAAUCUCAAUGACGACAUGGUUGUGAGCACUGGAUAUGACAAGAUGCUUCGGCUAUGGAACGUCAGUCGACGAGCUUCGAGCAGCCAGCGCGAGGUUAGUGUAGUGAAGGCUAGCACUGCUCCCAUACUAGAUGUUUCCUUGCUUUCCGAAGGUCAGCGGGCAGUAUGCGGUGAUCGCGAUGGAACCGUGCAGCUCAUCGACCUACAGACGAGCAAAAUCCUUCGUAAACACGCGCAUGCACACCAAGGACACACAACUAGCGUUCUGGGCAGCCAAAGCGAGGAGUCAACAGGUUGUUUCUUUUCUGGAGGCCAGGACGGGGUCGUGAAAGUAUGGGAUUCUAGGCAGAAGGAAGCGACGCACUCGCUGGAGCUUCACAUUGACCCACGUAGCAACAAGAAAGGCGCUGUGGGGUUUCUUCGUGAGCCUGUGGAUGACCCGAACGUGCUCAUAACGGCCGGUGCAGAUGGAGUCAUCAACGUACUUGACAAGAGACAAUCUUAUGGCGUCAUGCACAGCUUUACGGAACACUUGGACUUCAUUUAUUCGCUACAUGUUCGCGGUCUAUUGUGCUUUAGCGGUGCUGGAAACGGCAUGCUUCACGUACACGAUUGGAAGACGGGCAAACUGUUGUACGGACUUGGGGCAAACCAGGCAGCGGUGCGAGCAAUAGCAGCGUCCACGAACCAACUGGUUGCUGCAGGAGACGAUGGAGGUGUCAUUGUCUAUGACAUGAAAUGAAAGGAUGCUGCAACAUCAAAACAACAUGAAUAGGAAGAGCUGUUAAUGGGUAACAAACAUUAUCGUUGCUAAAGACAUUAUUCUACUAAGUCGCACUCCAUCCUUCUCACUUCUAUACAAUCCUUUGUUAUUUUCUUGC